AUGGUAGUUACUAAUGCUAACAAUUGUAAUGAAAAUGUUCACACUGAAAAUAGCAAUGGACAACGACGUCAAUCAGUAUUAACUUCAUCGAAUCCAAGCAGCGAUAAGUUACCAAUUGAUUGUAUACUAGUCUAUCGAACAGACGAUGAUGAUAAAGAAUCUGAACGACGAAAAAAAUCUGAACUACGAAGAACAUUUGAAGAAUAUCUUCAUAAAAAACUAGGUCUUGUUGUCAAACGUAUACAAUCAAAUUCGGAAAAAAUUGGAUUUGUUAGAAUUCAUGCUCCAUUUGAAGUUCUCUUAGUUGCAGCUGAAAACAUACGAAUGAAAUUACCAAUUGAGAAAAUUGAAGAAGAGGAAGACGAUUUAUCAAUGACCCAGACUAAUCAAUCUACUUGGCGCAGUUUUACAAAAUGGUUGAAAGCACCAUUUCGUCUUGAUGAAUCGUUAAAACAUAAUGAUCCAGAUUAUUAUACUGCAAUAUAUUCAUCAGAGAUUGAGAAAUUUAAAAGUCUAUUUGAUACAUUGCGAGGUUCAGAAGAGUUAUAUUUUACAGCAACUGAACGAAGUAUAUUAACACAUGAAUUAUUAUCAAGAGCUGAUUUUGGUGACGAUGCUGAAGAUACACCAAAAAAAUUAUCAAAAAAUUCAAAACGAUAUGGUAUUGAUCAAUUAGUAGCAAAGAAAGCAUAUACAAGUUAUUUUCCUUUACAUGAAACUCUUGACGAUAAGGUUGACAAUAAAUUAAAUGAUCGAAAAAGAUUAAAAAAAUAUUGGGCAACAAUGCGGCAAUGGUAUAAAUUUCAACCAUUAUCUUUAAUUCGUUCAUACAUGGGUGAAAAAGUUGCAUUUUAUUUUGCUCUCUUUGGUUUUUAUAAUCAAAUGUUAAUUCUACCUGCACUUGUUGGUUUAAUUAUAUUUAUAUAUGGUAUAAGCACUGUCUUUUCAGAUAAACCAACAUCUGAUAUUUGUGGGACAUUUGGAAAUGAGACAAAUAUGUGUCCAAGAUGUGAUGAUACAUGUCCAUUCUGGUUACUUAAUCAGAGUUGUUUUUAUUCAAAAAUAUCCUAUGUAUUUGAUAAUGCAGCGACAGUUAUUUUUGCUAUAUUGAUGUCUCUAUGGGCCAGAUGGUUUAUUGAAUUUUGGAAGCGUCGGCAAGCAAUCUUACAAUAUGAAUGGGAUUCAAUUGAUUUUGAACAACAUCUUGAACCAAUACGACCAGAAUUUGAAAGUCAAGCGACGAAAAAAGGUGGACGACGUCUUAAUCCUGUAACUGAGAUAGAAGAACCAUAUAUUUCAACUCAAAAACGAAUACCAUUCUACAUAAUGGCAGCUAUUGUUGUUAUAAUUAUGAUGGCUAUUGUAUGUGCAACUGUUUUUGCAACAAUUGUAUAUCGUGUUCGUAUGGAUUACAUAUUAAAAAAAACAAGUGUUAGUUCAUAUUCAUCAAUAAUUAUAACUGUAACAAGUGCUAUUAUGAAUCUUAUAUGUUCUAUAAUAUUAUCAAAAUUUUAUUAUUGGAUUGCAAGAAAAUUAACUAAUCUUGAAUUUCAUAAAUAUCAAUCGACAUAUGAUGAUUCAUUAGUAAUCAAAAUUUAUUUAUUUCAAUUUGUUAAUUUCUAUUCAUCAUUAUUUUAUAUUGCUUUUUUUAAAGGAAGAUUUCUUGAAUAUCCAUCGAAAUAUGGUCUAUCAAAUUCAAGAGAUUUUACUGAACAGUGUGAUCCCGCAGGUUGUUUAGUUGAACUUUCUAUACAAUUUGUUAUCAUUAUGAUUGGUAAACAGAUUAUAAAUAAUAUAUUGGAAUUUUUUAAUGCAACAAGUCGUACUUUAAUGCGAUGUUCUAAAGGUCAUAAAUCAAAUGAACAAAAUCAAUGGGAAAUAGAUAGUCACCUAUUUGAUUUUAAAUCUGAUAUACUUAUUGAUGAAUAUCUUGAAUUAGUUAUUCAAUUCGGUUUUAUUACAUUAUUUGUUACUGCUUUUCCACUUGCACCGUUAUUUGCUCUGUUCAAUAAUCUUAUUGAAAUACGUUUAGAUGCAUGGAAAUUUUUAUCUAAAUAUAAACGACCUAUUCCAUUCAAAGCAUCUGAUAUUGGUAUAUGGGGUGAUAUCAUUUCAGGAAUAUCGUAUUUUGCUGUUCUAACUAAUGCAAUAGUAAUUGCUUGGACAUCAGAAUUUAUUCCAAAAAUGGCAUAUCGUUCACUCAAAUCCACAGGAGGAAGUCUUGAUGGUUAUGUAAAUUGGACACUAUCAUCAUUUCCUAUUUCUGCUUACAAUGUAAGUGGUCACUUUCCACUUGAUCUGCCAACAAAUGCGCAAUUCUGUCGUUAUCGUGAUUUUCGUUCAGAAGAUGGACCACUGUAUUCUCAAACAUCGGAAUAUUGGAAUGUAACAGCUGCUCGACUUGCAUUUAUUAUUGUUUUUGAACACGUUAUUUUUUUUAUUAUUUAUUUAAUGGAUUGGCUUGUACCAGAUGUACCAAAAUCAAUUCAAAAUAAGAUUAAUCAUGAACGUUAUAUUGAUCAACGAGAACGUUGGGCAAGUAAAUUAAGUGAAGAUCAUUUAAAACAUGCUGUCGAAAUAUCCGACGGAUUGAGAGGCGAGUUCAAGAUUCCAAAUGCAAUUGCUGAGAUUCUUGUUAAUGAAACUGAUACUAAUUUGAAUCAUCGACCAAGAAGCAAAGGAAAAAUUAGAAAAGAUUUAUCAUCAGAAAAUCCAUAA